UCUUCAAAUUUUGGCCGCCAAAUAUUUGUCGUGGUUUCCCUAUUUUCUGCAGGUAUCAAAAGCAAUCAUGGUUUUCGUAUAUGUUACAGAGCUACUGAUUACUGUCUACAGAGUAAUGACAGUGUACAUUAUUCAAUUUUAUUAUCGCGAUCACUUCCGGAAUCUCCUCACGGAAGCAUUACAUUUACAUCAAAGAGUAAGUGAGUUGAUGAAUGGUGCCUGGAUUUUCAACAAAACCUUCUACCGUUGUUACACCUCUAAAGUAACAGGUGUUGUGUUCCAAUUUGCAAUCAUUUCGUACUUAAUUAGCCUGUACAAACAAAUGGCCUCCGCCAUAUUCAACUGUGACCUGCUAACAUUUUCGAUGUUCAUUUACAUCCACUUCACUGCAAUCACUAUGUCUAGCGUCUUUUAUGCGGGCAUGAUGUUCGUUCUACUGAUUUUUCAAAAUUUAAACCGAAAAGCAUCGCAAUUGUCCAACUCAAUAAAGGAUACUGAACUGAAAAUACGAAUGAAAUGUGAGCUAUGUGGACGAUUAUGUGAUGAGGUCGAUCAGAUCGUUUACAUUUACGAAAGGGCUGUAACAUUUCUGAAGAACUUCAAUAGAUUUUUUUCAUUCCAACUGUUAUUCACAUUUAUCAACGCAAUUUAUGUGGUUUUGGUUGAGUUGUAUUACAUCUACGAUAAUGUGAGACAAAUGAGCUCCGAUCCUGAUUCAAUGGAAUUUCUCUACGGACAUAUAGUGAAAGACUUAGCAUAUAUGCUGUGCUUUGCUAUCGAAUUCUUUCAUAUUGUGCUCAUUUCAAGUACGGUUACCGAGGUGGCUCUCCAGACUGGUAUGGCUUUUCGUGCGCACUUUAACAUAGUCGAUAGUCGAUUGAAACAAAGUAUUGAGUUGCUAACUUUGCAAAAUUUACUUAUAUCACCGACGGUAAUGGCUGGUGGACUAAUUGAAAUUAAGACAACAAUUUUAUUUGCUGUAGGUUCUUGGUCCCUCUAUUGA